GCCCUGCUACGCUCCAAUGGACUCAUCACCGCCUUCCGCUCCUCCGCCGUCGACAUCGCCCCGACGGAGGACGAGGAGGAGACCGGUCGUCGUCGAAGAGAUCGUCGAAGCGCGCCCGGAUGAGGCGCCGCCUAGGAAAGCGAGGAGUAGAGCCGUUGCGGUGGCCUCGAGGAAUACUCGGAGGACUCGUCGAAAACCGGAGGAGGCGCGGGAGGAGAUCGGUCCUCCCGACGAUGAUCUUGAUAGGAUAAGGAAGAGGAAGCGGGUCAAUCAUAGGGGCGCUUCCGCCGAGAAGCAGACAUCGGCGUCUCUCGUGCUCUCGUCCAACCCUCCGCCGCGUUCAGAAAUCUCCGUGAACGAUCGACGUGCUUCAUUGGAGCAGAUCAUCGAUUUGAUUAUGUGGAAAAAUGUAGCAAAAUCAACCUUGUUGUUUGGGUUUGGUUCGACGUUCUUCUUAUCCUCUUGUUUUUCAAGGGAAUCGAACUUCAGCAUCAUUUCGGCCAUGUCUCACAUGGGUCUGUUGGUUUUGGGCACAGCCUUCGUCAAGAAUACGGUCACUCGAAGGAAGCAACACAACUCGAGAUGGAAAUUGCAAUUGACAGAAGACGACAUCCUUCAUGCCGCACGGAUUGUUUUGCCUGUUGUCAAUGAAGCUCUAACGAAUAUCCAGGAUGUAUUCUCUGGCGAUGCAUCGAUAACUCUUAAGGUGGCACCAAUUCUCUUGUUUGGGGCCAACUACGGCCACCUAAUAACCUUGUGGAGGCUCCUGGUAACUGGCUUUUUUGUGAGCUUCACUGUACCCAAACUCUACCUUUCCUACUCACAGCAGAUACAUAGAACAGAUGGCAUGUUGAAGUCCGAGAUAACUGAAAAGGAAUGA